AUGGCUUGGACAACCAUUGGCUACCAUGCUUUUGAGCAGAGGUGCUUUGACGAGCUGUCUUCACAGGAUUGCGCCGGGAACUACCAUAUUGACAUAUCACCAAUGCGUUGGUCUGCUAGCCCUUUGUCUGCCAUUUCUUACACCCGGAAAGAAACAGCUCGAAAAUUAGGUGCGACAUUGACUGACUCGCAUGAGGCAACGCCAGUCAAGGGAAAGGGGCUCAAAGCACGUGGUGGCAAGUUGGACGUCGCAUUGGAGUCCCCAAACUAUGUGAUUUGGCGCCUGCAAACGCAGGAGAACGUUGCUGAGCAGGUUGUCAAAGGCAUCAUCAAGCCGCUCCAUGAGCACAAGGGCUUUGACAUGCACCGGCCGUUCCAGCCGUUUGUGCCUCUUGAUUUGCCGGGCAAGUGGAAGGUUGAUCUAGUGUCUGCAAGCAUCCAGCCGAGCUUUCCAGUGCCUCACAGCCUGACUUUUGGCAGCACGGAGAAAGACUUGCCAUGCACCUACUAUUUGGCAAUGCCACCUGAGUGUUUGCCAUUGAAGGAAUUGCUGCAUGUGAAACGUGCUUUACCCCUGCUCAAGCUGCUCCUGCAGAAUGAGCGGGACGAAGACAUGAAAGUGCUCUUGCAGAACUGCUGCAACUUGACCGGUGACUACAUUGGAGUGCCAUUGGUUGCCAGCCAUAUCACGGCAAUGACCUUGGGCUUCUUUGCUUACAAGCCACUGCAAUCUGUUGGUGGUCAAGAGUCAGAUUGCUUGCACCUGCUGCGCUUUAGCACCAAAGAUUUGCUGGACACACUUCCUCCACAUUCAAGCCCGUUGUGUUCCUUUUGGCUUAUCAAUCCCAUUGGCCUGACUCGGAUGAUUGAGAAUCAAGAAGUUGGGUUACUCGUCAACACCUUCAAGAUGAAGGUCAGCCUGACUGCAAAAUACAAAACCCAGAUGGAUCUUGUAGAGCAUCAUGAAAAAAUGAGAUUGCAGGGCCGGAAGCGCAGAUUGGAAGAUGACGUUGCCCGGUUGGAAGCAGAGCUCUGUGAGAGGAAGGCAGAGGUAGAGCAGGUUGCCAAGAAGCUUUGCCCCCUGCCUGAGCCAAUAGCUGAGCCUGGAUCUAGUGAGUUAGCGUGUGCGCCAGCUGCUUGA